AUGGAAGGAAAACGUUUAACAAAAAGAUUAAGCGAAGAAAACGAUGAAUUAAAGCGAUAUAUAGAAACGUUGAACAAAGAAUGCAUGGAACUACAAGCCGCUCUUUUCGAAGAAGCAAAUAAGAUGACUCAAACUGCUUAUGCAGCUGAAUAUGCUGCUAAAAAACGUGCUGAUGAAUGUAGCAAAGAAAAUGAGGUUCUUAAAAAAGAGGUCCAAGCUCUGAAAAACACUCUCAGGUUACACAUAGAAGAAAAUUCAGACGUUUUCGCCGUCCGGAAAUCAGUGUCCAGUGUAGUUACACCAGAGAUAGAGGAAAAAACGAGGAAGAGUAGUUUUCGUCGUCUGAGCUUCCGGCGAAAUUCUCUCUCUUCCACCCUUCCACCUUCAGCCAAUGGGAGCUUCCAUGGUAUUGAUCGGUGUCGAUAUAGCUCAACCAUCUCGAAUAGCAGUAAUACAGCCCUCGUUAUUAAUGUCGCUUCACAGGAGCCAGUUACUCGUCGACGUCUACUUGAUGCCCUCACUUCUAGUGCCGUAUGCUCUGAAACAGUAGCAGAAGAACAGUUCCAGGAAUUUGUUGACUGGGUGGAAGGGGGAUGUUGUGUCACGUGGCCAGAUGAAUUCAGCGCCACAGCAGAUUUGCAAAGUUGUUCUUUGAAAAAUAUCACCCACACCUCUCACGAAUAUGACGAAAGCACCGGAGAGAAUCAUGAUGACCAAUCAACUUAUCGAGCACGUAGCGAUUCAGAUAUUAGUGACAUCUUACCGCCUCAUAAACAAUAUCCAGAUUCAAACUCAGCUCCAACGCUGCCUCCUGCCCCUCAGCCACCUUCAAAGCAACUUGCGUUCUUCCACCGUCUUGUGAAGGAGGAUAUUGCACCUGCCCUGGAGUUCGCUGAUGAACGGAUUUGCAAGGUUUUACGAGUGGCUCUCGGACACCUCGGUGUGGAAAUUGAGCCACUUACAUCACUGUCCAUCUGUGAUCCAAACGGUCCAGUUGCCAAAGGAACACCAAAAUGCCCUCUAGUACCUUGUGAACCCGUCAGAUUUAGGAUCAAGCUUGAGACUACAAAAGAAGAUGGCUCUCUCUUGAUUAAAUGCUUCCAGAUCUGUUCAUGGGCUCGUCAGCGCAUCGCUGCGGUGGCUGAUCUCUUCCAAUACAUCAGUCUAAUUCGUCGUGGUCUAACGGGCACUCCCACAACUCCAGCCAACCGUUCGUUGUCAAAUUCGCUUCAAUCAAAUGAUUGCACUUCUGUUGAUUCGGGCAAUGACUCUGACCCACUCAUGGAACCUACCCGCAGACAUCAAUUCGAGAAUAUCCAACGUAGACGAUUGAAUAUCACUCUUUCACGACUUGGGUACGGAUUGCCUUCAGCGGAGUAA